AUGCCUGCAGCAGUCUGGUCACCCAGCCAGCCAGCAGAUCAGAUACCGAUCAAUAUCUACAGGAACCACAUCAACGACAAGUUCGAUCUCCGACUCAAAGACUCACACGAGCUUCAGCAUUGGAGUGUCUCCGACCCUCAAGCCUUCUGGGUUGACCUCUGGGACUACGUUGGCUUGAUACCAAGAUUACCUCCAGGAGUGACUCGGGCUUACGACCCAGAGAUCCCGAUAUCCCAGGUCCCACCAUUCUUUGAAAGUGCGACAGUCAACUACGCUGAGAACGUGUUGACCCAGCCCGAUGUUAAAGAUCAUGCCACGGCGUUGGUCGGCUUGAGAGAGGGUCGGAGCCCUGAUGGUGAGCUAUGGACGUGGUCAGUACUUCGGGAGAACGUUCGCAGAGUCAGGAGUGCAUUGUUGAGAAGUGGAAUCAAGCAGGGUGACAGGGUGGCUGCCUUGGUAUCUACAUCAGUCUGGUCAGUCGCUUUGUUCUUGGAAUCAGCCAGCAUCGGCGCCAUCUUCAUUUCCAUUGCACCGGAUCUCGGGCUCGAGGGAUGCAUCUCAAGAUUGCAACAAGUCCAGCCGGUGAUUCUGUUUGCCGACAGCCAUUGUACCUACAAAGGCCGACAACAAUCCAAUGCAACCAAAAUCUCGCAGAUCGCGCGAGCACUAAAGUCAAAGCCUGAGAUUUUUGUUAUUGAGAUAGCGGCGACACAGGAAUUUGCAACGCUCUCGGCGUAUCUGGAGAGGUCCAGAGCCUGUGACACGCUGGAGUUUGCCAGGCUGCCCUUCACAGCGCCACUUUACAUCCUUUACUCGAGUGGGACGUCAGGGCCACCCAAAGCUCUCGUUCAUAGCCAUGCUGCCAUUCUGCAGCACAAGAAGAUCAGCAUGCUCCAUAACUCGCUGAAGCCCGGAGAUGUCGUAUUCCAGUACUCGAGCACGAGUUGGGUCCUUUGGAACAUCAUGAUCGGGCAUCUUUCCAUGGGCACAACUCUGAUCAUGUACGAUGGAUCUCCGACUUGGCCUCAGCCGCAGAGCAUGCUCCGAAUCGUCGAGAAGUUCAAGGUCAAUUACUGGGGUGCUUCACCCAAGUACCUCAAAGAGCUCGAAUCGACUAGGUGCACACCCAAGGAGGACUACGACCUUUCGAGUCUCAGAAUGGUGCAAACAGGAGGAUCACACCUUGCUGCGGAUCAGUACCACUGGUUUUAUAAAGUAUUUCCUCCCACUGUCCAUCUGACGAGUGUUACCGGCGGUACUGACUUGGUGACCUCCUGGUGUGGCACGGAUCCAGCGGGUCCUAUUUAUCCCGGAGAGAUCCAGAUGGCCAUUCUAGGACAUGAUGUGGAUAUCGCGGACCCCAUUGACGGUCGUUCCAUGAGGGAGACUGGGGAGGCUGGUGAAUUUGUGUGCCGGAAGCCGUUCCCAUCAAUGCCUGUCUUCAUGUGGGGAGAUUCCACAGGUGAGAGGUAUCGUGCAUCAUAUUUCAGCCGCUAUCCAUUCCCUUGUUGGGCCCAGCAUGAUUGGGCGAGCAUUAACCCUAGAACCAAGGGCUGGACGGUGCAUGGAAGAAGUGACGGAGUAUUGAACCCUCAGGGCAUCCGGUUCGGUUCAGCAGAGAUCUAUUCCAUCACAGAGGCUGCUCCGUUCCCAAGCCAGAUCACUAGCACAUUGUGUGCUAGUCGGAAGAGGCAAGGUCUCGACACGGACGAAUCAGUCUUCCUCUUCGUUGUUAUGCGCCCAGGGCAUCUGUUCAGCUUUGCCUUGCAGCAGACGUUGAAGGAGUUCAUUCGCCAGGGUCUGAGCUCAAGACAUGUUCCACGAUUUGUGGUAGAGGUGAAAGAGGUUCCAAUGACUGUCAAUGGGAAGAAAGUCGAAACACUGGUUAAGCAGGUAAUCUCGACGGGAGAACUUCCCAAGACAAUCAGCUCUACAGUAGCCAACCCGGGUUGUCUGGAGGAGUAUCGCAGGUUUUACAGCCUGGAGACAGAAGCUAGAGCCAAAUUGAGACCGCCGAGGUGUGGUAAGGAAGUAACCAUGUAA